GCAUCUCUAUUCGCGACCCUUAUUCCACAGUUUCCGAUUUUAAGGGUGACGAACUGCAGUUAAUUAAUUUUUAAGUUAAGAAUUGCGUAUUGACAGUUGUAAUAUAUUGUAAAUAAACUAGUAUGUUUUCGAUGCCAAUAAGAGCGUGAUUCUCGUACAUUGCUACAUUGUUAUCUCAACCAGACUUUACGGCAGUUGAAGUCAACAAAGAUGUCUCCGAUGUCCAAUGCAAGUGCCAUGGACCCAACUGAAUUAAGUCCCUUCGUUUACUGGUCACAAACGAAGCACACAUUACUUCUCAAAGUGGAUCUAAAAGAUGCCAAGGGCGUUAUUGCAGACUUCACACCAACAACGCUCUCAUUUAGUGCCAAUGGCCAUGGAGCCCGCGGCCGGAAUGCGUACAAGUUCCAGCUACGCUUCUACGAGUUCAUCGACGAUGAGACGGCAACCUUCACAGUGACUGACCACAAAAUUGAGCUUUUGAUACGCAAAGUGGAGCCGGCUUGGUGGGUGCGUCUAGUGGCGACACCACAGAAACCGCACUGGUUGCGCAUUGACUUUGAUCGAUGGGUCUCUGAGGAUGAUGGGGAAUUGAAUGAUCCACCGCGAGAUGUGCGCGAAGAUUAUGUGGAGGAGUAUAGCAAUCUGCAAAAGCAGGAAAUUGGCUAUGUGCGGGAGAAUGCCAAAAAGGUUUACUUGGUCAUCUACAAUCUGGCCAUGUUUGUUGGUUAUCUGCACAUUCUUAUUAUCAUGGGAGUGCUGUAUUUGCGCGAUGGCACGGCCAGCAUAAAGCACACCUAUGAGUAUGUGGGCACAUCGUUUAAAUUCGUGCAAUUGAUGCAAUAUAUGGAGGUAAUGCAUCCUAUCUUUGGCUACUCAAAGGGCAGCCCGUUGGUACCGUUCUUUCAAAUCUCUGGACGCAAUUUUGUGCUCUUUCUAAUGAUAGAAAUGGAGCCACGCAUGCAUGACAAGCCCGUGGUGUGUUAUGUGUUCAUCAUAUGGUCACUGGUUGAGCUGGUGCGGUAUCCAUACUAUGUUAGCCAACUGCUAAAGCGAGAGAGUGCUCUGCUGACAUGGCUGCGCUACACCAUUUGGAUACCACUCUAUCCCAUGGGCAUUGUAUGUGAAGGUGUGAUUCUGCUGCGCAGCAUACCCUAUAUUGAGGAGACAAAACGCUUCUGCGUCGAUAUGCCCAACAAAUGGAACUCAACCUUUGACAUGGUGCUAUUUCUGAAAGUCUAUCUCCUGCUGCUCGCUCUUCCGGGCAGUUAUUUGGUCAUGUCGCACAUGUCCAAGCUGCGUGCCAAGAAAUUGGGUCGUGGUCGUGCCAAACCCAAAUUGAAUUAAAGAAUUUCAAUCGACUCGAAUCCUAACAAAAAAUUCAUACUACUAUUCUUAGUCUACACACAGGAAUGUUAUGUUAACUGUUUUUGUUUAAUUUCCGCUUAAUCUCAUCUUUUUUUUCAGA